AUGGCGACUCAAGCUUUUUCAUCAGGCAAUACAAAUGCGCAGAGUCUCUGGGAUCAAGCAUUCAACUCCCUCAGCGCAGAUCUCAAGACAUCACUCGGCCAGGCUGCGACACACAAGCGCGACAUUCUAGCCGCCGCCCUCGAAGCAGCGGAGACACGUAAAGCCACUAGCCUCCGCAAACGCUGGAAGUUCAAGCUCUCAAAUGGACAAGUCGUGAUUAUCCGAGAUGUUCUUGAAAAGAUUGCUAAAUGGAUCGACUCCUUCAAAGCGGUUGGCGAUGCGGCUGUGCAGUUUGAUGCCAGCAACGCUUCGCUGCCCUGGGCCGCUGUCAGAAUGCUUCUUCAAGUCACAGUCAACGAUGUCCAACAGUACGGGGCCAUGGUUCAGGACCUCGAGCUGGUGUCUCGGGUCAUUGCGCGAUACAAGGAGUUUGAGAAUCUGCAUCUUGGCCGAGGUCAAUCCGCUGAGGCUGCGCUUGAAACAGCCCUCACGGUUCUCUAUGCAGAAGUCUUGACAUAUCUGGCACAAACUAUUGCCUUCUUUUCACAAUCAACUGCAGGCAUGUUUAGUGUCUUUUGGACGGGUGAUGAUGGAAUACAAAAGAUUUUAUCCCGGGAAGACGAGGUUCUCAAACUAGCCAAGCUUCAGGAUACUUCAGACCUACGCUUUAUCCAAAAGACAGUUCUUCGCCUCAGAGAUCAAAUCAACUGUAACACCAAGCGUGUCGAAGAGGACGAUUAUACAAAGAUGAUAUGCUGGAUGUCCACGUCGCCAUUUUCAAUUCACCACGAGACCAUAUCUGAGUCAAGAACGCCAAACUUCGGCCAGUGGCUUCUGCAGCAUGAGGCUUACAGACACUGGUGCGAGUCCAGCUCUUCAUCGACUCUCUGGAUUCGUGGGAUCACGGGUUCCGGCAAGACCAAUCUUUUCUCGGUGAUAGUCGAUUCGUUGCGGGCAACCCGGGCUUCGCAGCCAGAAUCGACACCCUUUGCAUACUUUUACUGUAUCGAAAGCGAUUCCGAGCCUGAGAGAUCGUCAGCAGAUGGGAUCCUCCGUAGCAUUCUGCGUCAACUCGCGAUUACAGAAACCCAAAGUGAUGUUCGCGACUUUUUCUAUUCCGACUUCCAGCGCCGCUCGAAAUCAGCUCUCCUUCAGGGACUGGAUCUUCCGAAAUUGAGUAGGAAGGAGUGUGUGGAUCGCAUCGUUCAAGUUGCCAAUGAAGACCCCAUUACAAUAUUACUCGAUGGUGUCGAGCAGGUUGAAGAUGAGAGUUGUGAUGCUCUCUUGCAGUCUUUAUCUGACAUCAUGUCAAAGGCUGAGAACGUCGUCAAGGUGUUAGUCACAAGCAGGAAUAGUCUUGAUAUCCUCUCAUCACUACCGACUGCGAAGGAGGUUAUUGUGACGGCUGACCAUGUUCACGAUGAUAUGGCUAAGUUGAUUACUCAGAAGAUUGACGACGCCAAACUCAUCAGUGGAAGACUCUCUCCGGAUAGAAGAAGCGGCUUGAUAAAGGAGCUGCUAGAGGGCGCAGGCGAAAUGUUUUUAUGGGUUCAUCGGCAAAUACAGCAGCUUCGCAAGGUCAAGAACGAACAUGAUUUGCUUCCGGCUCUGCGGUCCAACAUUCUAUCUGAUCUCGACAAGCUUUACGAAAACGACCUUGGACAAAUCUUACAAUCAGGAGAAAAGUCGCGCCAACUGGCCAUUCAUACAUUCUCCUGGCUGCUAUACAUGAAAGCGCCAUUGACCCCUGAGGCGUUGUUAGCAGCUAUCAGUGCCUCAAGCACAGGGGAUGUCCCUUGCACGGCGGCGGACAUAGCUGUUGUAUGCUCGAACUUGGUGGUCAUAGACCUCCAUCGCCAAGUUGUCCGACUCGCUCAUCAUUCAGUCAGAGAGUUUAUCCUCCGUAGUAAACAGUCUUUGUUCUCCGCUCCCAUAGCUCACAGUUUGCUAGCAUCGACCUGCAUAAAGGUCAGCGCCCGUGGUGCGCCUGACAAUGGAAGCCUGGAACAACAGGUUCAAGGCUUUUUCUUGUAUGCCGCGACGCACUGGGCAGGCCACUUUGAGAGUUCAAGGGUUGUCAAGAAGGAGGACAAGCUAUUUCAAGAAAUGAUCUCAUUCGUCUUUGAGGACGAGGACUAUGAUGUCAGCCUUUCCUUCGAAGUCUGGCUAGAUACUGCGAAGGAGAUUGCACAACUGCUGCCGAGGAAUCACCCAAUGAAGCCGGCUCUUGAUGCCGUGUCAAACGCAACAUCGUCUCCUCUCUUCCUAGCAGCUGUCUUUGGUAUAAACGGCCUGCUGACUCUUAUUGCAGAGUCGGAGAAUGAUAUAGACCGGGACCAACGAAACGACCUUGGGCACACGGCACUCUACCUCGCCGUUGCGACUGGCCAUCUCUCCACUGUGACAGCUCUGAUCUGGAAGGGUGCAGAGCUGAACGUCGAAUGUGGUGCAUAUGGAAGUCCGUUGCAUGUUGCGUGUUUCAGAGGAUAUCAAGACAUCGUAGAGAAGCUGCUUGAACACGGUGCGUCUUCAAAGUGUGGUUCGAAGUUUCAGAGUGCCAUCCAAGCUGCAUCUCAAGGAGGGCAUGAAGAUAUUGUACUCUCUCUCAUUGGGCAUGAUGCCAUUAUUAAAUCUGGGGAUGACUACGAGCAAGCCAUACAGAUGGCAAUAGAGUAUGGCUUCAUCAAGGUCAUCGACCAACUACAAAAGCCAGAGUUCAAGCGCUUUGCCGACAAGGAUACACCAGACAAACACAAAAUGAGGUUAGCCAAAGCUAUCAAAGCCGGCCAGCUAUUUGUGCUACAACGCCAGCUUUUGAAAGCAUCACCUGGAGCUACAGACCCUUUCCCAAAAGACGCAGUUGCAAUCGCGGCUCUCUAUGGUCAUACAGAUAUCGUCAAGUAUCUCCUGGAACAAGGUCUUCAUAUUGAAGCCGAAGGUCAGUUCGGCACGCCACUCCGUUCUGCUUGCUUGAUGAACCACAAAUACACCGUCCAAGAGCUACUGCAGCGCGGUGCCAAUGUCGGUACAGAAGAAAGGAAAGGCAAUGCACUUUAUGUUGCCGCUGCGAAAGGCCAUGUCGAUGUUGUCAGGAUACUACUGGAUGAAGGUGCGGAUGUUCACCAGAAAACGGGGCCUUCUGGUACUGCGUUGCAGGCGGCAGCGUACUACGGACACAGAAAGGUUGUCGAGAUGCUUCUUGAUGCCGGUGCAGAUGUCCAUGCUGAAGGUUCAUCUCCAGAUGCGUUCCAUGCCGCUGCUGAGGGUGGUCACCAAAGUAUCAUUAUGUUUUUUCUGGAACGAGGCUACAGAUUCCUCUACGAGCCGCCGAGUCCCAAGUACAGGAGAGCUCGACCCUCGCCAUACAGGCCACUUUAUCGGGAGGCUUCUCCUGGAAGAGAUAAGCAUCCUCGCUCUAAACUGUGGCCGGAACUUUACAAGCAGACAACUGGCACGACCGAAUCUGUCGCUGAUGGAGAUGCCCGUGACAACAUCACCCGAAUCGAGCAUGAUGAUGAAAUGGAUAUACCCGCUAUGGAUCAAGGAAAGCAUCUCCGUAACGGUGGAAUUAUGCAAGAUGAGUCUCUGAAGAACCGCCCUCUGGAAGUUAGUGCUGCUGGAGGAAACGACGCAGUUGUCAAGAUACUACUAGAGCAAAAAGAAACUUUAGGAUUCAUGGAUUAUGAGGUUGUUACUGCUCUCAAGGCAGCUGCGUCCAAUGGACACUUGAACACCGUUCGGAUGCUGCUCGACCAUGCCCUGAAAAUGAAAGUUCACUUUAUUGAACGUAUCUAUGCAACUUUGGAGAACAUACCAGAAGGGCGUCACGAUAUGUUGCAGCUUACUCUCGCGAAAGCCGCUGAGAGUGGCUGUACGGAGGAACAGAUUGAUCAGCUGAGGCUGAAACUUCCACCAGGAGAAGAAAAGUACAAAGUCGCCGUCAUUGAGCAACAAGCUCUGAAGGCAGAUCUUCUGGCAUGCUGUACCUCCGGAAAUGUAGCUGUUUUGGAGGCCAUCAUGAGUUGCAAACACCAACCGCUACUGCAAGCCAACGACCUCCUGGAAUUUCUACAGAAAGCUGCAGAGAGGGGCCGCCUCUGGGUAAUCAAGAGCUUGUUCAAGCUUAGUUCUGAUGUGCAAGGCGCCGCCAUUCCUGACGACACACUGGUAUGCGCUGCUGGAAAAGAUCUUGAGAUUUUGAAGUUUCUCCUAUCUCAAAAGAUCGAUGUGUCUCGUUCCGAACUCCUCCUGAGCCGAUUGGUCUAUGCUGCUUGUAGCAAGGGACAGUCUGAAAUCAUCGAGUAUCUCGUAUCCGACUUCGGUGUCGAUAUCAAUGCCAAUAUUCCUGAAGACGAGAAGCCCAGGCGUCGUAGACGUAUCAGGCAGUCUAUCCACGCCAGCCUUAUGAAUGCUCCUCUAACUACCACUGAUCAAGCAGAUGGUUCGAAAUCGACUGACGACCGUCGUCUUUUCAGUCCUUUACAGGUCUGCCUGAGCGCUUUUGAUAUCUCUGAGCGGUCUUACUAUGCGAGUUGGUAUAUAGAUGACACAAUGCCUCAGCAGCAGAGAUCUAUACAAACACUACUGAGACUAGGGGCCGAUCCGAAUAGUCUAGGCGGAAAGAAUGUGUAUCCUCUUCCGUACGCAGCAAGAUUCUGCCCAGGUUUUGUGGUAAAGGAGCUGCUUGCAGCUGGAGCAAAUGUCAAACUUGCAGAUCAAGGAGAUCUAGCUCUUUUGGGAACAGUUCAGAGAGAAAUGGAAGCCAUGGCGGUUUUGACCAUGCUAUUGGAUUGUGGCUACCAUCUUCCCGACUAUUGUGAUGGAGGUAAGGCGCUUCUAGAUAAAGCUCUCGCGUUAUUUGAAGGUGAUAGAGGGCGACAGACUUUCCAUAGCAUUGUUGAUGACCCUGAUGGUCGCUUUUUAGAGGCCCCGUCUUUGGAGUAUGUCUUUGAACAAGGGCCAGGGGCGGUACUCGAGUUCCUUUUACAGAACUAUGACACAGGCAAGCUGGAAGACACAAGAUAUGGGCUAGUUCUCCAGAUGACUUGCGCACUGGGCAAUGCUCCUCUCGUUGAGUUGCUCUUAUCUCGGGGAGUCAGUGUUGACGCUGCUGGAUACUACUAUGGAAGUUCUCUACAGGCUGCAGCACGUACUGGCCAGCUACAGAUUGUCAAGAGUCUGUUGAACAAGGGAGCCAACCCGAAUUUGAUACAGGGCCGUUGGCACACAUCCCUGCGCGCAGCGAUUGUACGUGGUCACAUCGAAAUCGUGCAGCUUCUGCUUCAAUAUGGCGCAGAUCCCAAGGUGAAGUACCAAACUAGCCGACAGUCAGAGAACGAAAGAGAUUCAGCAUCAUCGAGCACUCUUCAGCUUGCUCUUCAGGAGGGGCAUGGGGAGAUAGCAAGACUACUUCUCAAAACUGACCCUUCACUGAUCAAAGAAGAGGGUCGCCUCCAACAUCCCCUCAUCAUAAGCUGUCGAGCAGGAGACCACGCCAUGACAGAGCUGCUACUCGAAGCCAAUGCUUCGGUCAAUGUUCGAGGCCGUAAGGACGCUAAAAUGGUAAGUAUGGAGGCUCAAGAUGCGAGCCCUUUGCAUGCCUCGAUUUUUGGAGGCCACAUCGACGUCGUCCAAACGCUUUUGUCGAGAGGGGCUGAUAUCAACCUGGAAGUUGACGACUGUGACUGCCGAACACCAUUCUUGGCAGCGAUUAAACGAGGGGAUUUGUGUAUUGUGAGACUGCUUCUUGACUCUGGCGCAAAAGUCAACAGUUUGAGUCUUCAGGAAGCCUGCAGAAGUGGAGAUCUUCUUGUGGUUGGGGUACUUGUUGAACGGCUGUUCAAAGACGAGGAGGGUUCAUUUGAGAUCAUCGACGAAACACUGGACUCCCUGACGAUGGAAAAAUUCGCUAACUACAGAGCUCUCGACCUGUUACUUGACUAUGUGCCUCCAACUCCCAGAAGGUUUCUCUUCGUCUGUUCCUCAAGUUCUGUUCCUCUGGUAAGGAGAAUGAUUCAAAAAGGGAUGGGUGUCGAUGGCAGUGACCAGGAGGAAGAUAGCCCUUUGCAAAUAGCUUGCUACUACUUGAACUUUGAAGUGGUACGGCUACUCUUACAACGCGGCGCAAGUGUACGGCCAAGAUCAUCGCAACCCGGAGACCCAAUUACCUUGGCGUUAUGGGCUUGCGCUUUACCCCUGCAGCAGGAAAUGGAACAACGAGGGACAAGACAUCAGAAAUAUUACGCUGAAGGUGUGGACUACCGAACGACACAGAGAUGUACCAACAUUGUUCGGAUCUUACUUGAACGCGGCGCCACUGCUGAUGGUGGAACGGAUGGAUUGGAGAGUCCACUUCAACUAGCUUCCUUCAUUGGCAACUUCGAACUUUCCAAGCUUUUGAUCACACACGGAGCCAGUGUAGAUAAAAUCACUGGAAGCUUCAAGACUCCCCUUUUUUCGGCUUUACAGGGGAAUAACAGUGACAUCAUAUCACUGAUUCUGGAAAAGGGGGUCGACGUCAACUACGUUCAUCCAAUUCAUGGUUCAGCAUUACACUUGGCCUGUCAGUACAAUGAUGAGUCACUUGUUCUCCAGUUGCUUCAGCAUGGCGCCUCACCUGCUUUGAAAAACGCAAACGGAGUCACAGCUCUUACGUUGGCCCUCGAGUCUGCAGCUUCUCGUGGCGGUUAUGGCGCAUUCCAGAAUAUACCCCGACUCAUUUGUCAACACUCGGCAACGCUCGAUAUCACAGAUAGCGACAUCAUAGCUGCAGCUCGGCUAGAGCCCAGUGACUUACUGUCUUUCCUCCUUGUCCGGAGAGGAGAAGAACCAGUGACAGAAGAUCUCGUCAUUCGUUUCCUCAGCGAAGAGAGAUGUCCAAUCCAGGAAAACGUGGAGGUUCUAUUUGAUCAUAGUCGGGGAUUGGAAAUAACUUCACAGAUGCUGAAUGUUGGGCUCUCUGAACAGGCUUUCAGAAGUCUAACACAGGCUCGCAAGCUUUCAGUUGACAUCACUCCCGUUAUGCUCGAAUCUCAAACAGAUAUCGGAACCCUGAAAGCACUCAUGAGGUACCAGCCCGGCAUCGAAGUAACGGAGGGCCUCGUGAUUAAAAUACUUUCAAUUGCACACGCGUCGCGUUACAGCCGAUGGUGGCAACGGGAAGAGUGUACCGAGCUUCUCUUGUCAAUCUGGCCUCGAGACUUGCCAUUGUCAGUGACUAACGCCAUGCUGAAAGCGGCAAGGUUGGUGCCCCAUCUGGAGAUCUUACUCGAGCGCCUUGGUCCAGCCCAAGGAAAGUUACAAGAUGUCGCGAUGUGGAUUUGCGAACAGGGCACUGAUUAUUCCGGCAAGCAAGAGAACUUGUUGGCACUGGUUUUGCAGGCUGACCCAAAAGUUGACCUCUCCACAAGUCCCCUUGAAAAAAUAAUGCUCGGUGGCAAGCCUUGGAUGUUGGAUACAGUCUUGACGCAUACGCCUUCCCUUCCAAUCACAGAGAAAUUAUUUCUCAGCAUCUUCAGAGAGUACCCAGAAGCUCUAGAGGUAACGCGUAAGGAAUUUGCGGAAGUACUUAUAAGGCACAAGAAGAAAUUUGUUUUCACAGAGAAAAUUCGCGAAGCUAUUGAUAGGGCAUAUCAAAAGCAUUCCGAUAUUGACAAGAGAGACAUAUGGUACAGUCUGAGGGAAAGGGAUGAAACUCAGGAGGAAGCUGAGGCCAGGCAGGCUCAGGAAAAUGAUGCAAACAAGAGCGACGAUCACGUUUCCCCAUGA